GGCCGGCGGCGCGGAGACGUGGUGACGGCGCGGAGACGUGCUGACGUAGGACAGUGCUGCUCCGGCUGCCGGGCGCCGCUCCGGGAGGCAAAAUGUCUAAAGUUACGUUUAAAAUCACGCUGACAUCGGAUCCAAAGUUGCCCUACAAAGUAUUGAGCGUACCGGAUGCCACCCCUUUCACUGCAGUUUUGAAAUUUGCAGCAGAAGAGGUAAAUUUGUUUUUAAAUCUUAUUGUAGGAAAUAUUUUCAUGAAACAUGGGUCAGAACUGCGACUGAUUCCCCGGGACCGAGUGGGCUGCCAAUAG